AUGGCGACAACGAUGUGGUCCUUGGAGAGGAGUGAUUGGGACUCGAUGGAGGUCUUGCAGGCCUUGCUGCCUGAGGGUAUGAUCAUUCCUUCUGCUUUUGACACUGUUGGUCAUAUAGCACACCUGAAUUUGAGAGACGAACAUUUACCAUACAAAUGGCUGAUAGCUAAGGUUGUGCUGGAUAAGAAUAAGCCAAGGAUACAAACAGUUGUGAACAAGAUUGAUACAAUUCAGAAUGAGUACAAGACCAUGCAGCUUGAGGUUUUAGCAGGAAACCACUCUGUUGUGACUACAGUAGUUGAGAAUGGUAUUCGCUUUGCAAGAAAGAAAGACCAAAUGGAAGAAGUUAAGCAUAAAAAUAUUUGUAUCCAACUGAGAAACUAUUCCUCAAUGGAAGGUGUUCUUUAUUGUAAGCCUCACUUUGAGCAGCUCUUCAAGGAGAGUGGGUUCUUCAGCAAGAAAUUCCAGUCACCUGCAAAGCUACCUGAUAAGACAACACAUGAGCUGUGGGGUUUGGGUCAGGUGGUAGAGGAGUCUGGAGAUGUCAAAAGUCUUAUUUACUUGUCGCAUUUAACUAUGAUAUGGUAUACUACUCUUUACCGGCCAAACGAUUUUCAUGACUUUGCUGAGUAUUUUGUUCUCCAGUUGCCCAACAGGUAUAUAAGCUGCACUCUAAUGAGUGAGGCAGCCGAUGUGGAACUUGUGAAGUUGCCCAACAGGUAUAUAAGCUGCACUCCAAUGAGUGAGGCAGCCGAUGUGGGACUUGAGUAUUUCCCAACAGUGAUAUCCAUCCAAAUGAAAGCAUAA